CGGCGCAGGACGCCGCGUGCCGUACGGAGGCCGCAGGAAAGAUAAAGCCUAUUUUUCUGUGUGGAGAAUGGAUUGGCGGAGAGGAAGAAGUAGGAGUCCUGUGGGCAGUGGUUGCAGCAGCCCAGGACUUUCAGAGCUGUGCCAGGGCCACCCAGAACGCUGACUGACCCAGGGUCUGCACGGACCCGAGUGAGAGGAGGCACUCCUGGAAGGAACUCACAGAGGAUGACAACAUGGAGCAGAAACCUCAGGAUGGUAGAAAGGGCCCCCCUCACAGGGACGUGCCCCCCAUUGUGGGCCUGCUGCUCGCCAUGGCCCUCAUGAACAUGCUCCUCUACCUCUGCCUGGAUCGGUUCUUCAUCUCCCCUCGACGUUCUGCACUGGACCUGGAUCACUGUCCCCAUGGUUACUUCCGAAUGGGGCAGAUGAAAAACUGCUCUCCCUGGCUGAGUUGUGAGGAGCUAAGGACAGAAGUGAGGCAGCUCAAGCGAGUGGGGGAAGGCGCCGUGAAGAAAGUCUUCCUGUCUGAGUGGAAGGAACGCAAAGUUGCCCUGUCACGGCUCACCAGACUGGAGCUGAAAGAUGAUUUCCUCCAUGGUCUGCAGAUGCUGAAAUCCCUACAGAGUAAACACGUUGUCACUCUGGUUGGCUAUUGUGAGGAAGACAACACUAUUCUUACUGAGUAUCACCCCUUAGGUUCCUUGAGCAACCUAGAAGAGACCUUAAACCUUUCAAAGUACCAGAAUGUGAACACCUGGCAGCAUAGGCUGCAGCUGGCCAUGGACUACGUGGGCAUCAUUGACUACCUGCACCACAGCCCUCUGGGCACGCGAGUCAUGUGUGACUCCAAUGACCUGCCCAAGACGCUGUCCCAGUACCUGCUGACCAGUAACCUCAGCAUCGUGGCCAACGACCUGGACGCCCUGCCCCUGGUGAACCGCAGUUCCGGGGCACGAGUGAAGUGUGGCCACAGGCAGCUGCAUGGGGACUUUGUGGCCCCAGAGCAGCUGUGGCCCUAUGGAGAGGAUGUGCCUUUUCAGGAUGACCUCAUGCCCUCGCAUGACGAGAAGGUCGACAUCUGGAAGAUUCCAGAUGUCUCCAGUUUCCUUCUGGGGCAUGUGGAAGGCAGUGAUAUGGUCCGGUUCCAUUUGUUUGACAUCCACAAGGCAUGCAAGAACCAGUCUCCCGCAGAAAGGCCCACUGCCCGGGAUGUCCUGGAUGCUUACCAGGGGGUCUUGAAUUCACUCAGAGACACCCUGAUGUCCCAGACAAGAGAAAUGCUAUGAAAAUCCAUUGUAUCAGCGGAGAACAAGGUUGGGAUUUCAGGAACAGAUGAAAUAGUUACAGCAGUUCUAUGAUAGUGAGUUUUUUCGGUUCGACCAUGUGGUUCUUUUUCCACGUAUGGAUUUGAGCCAAUUCUACCUCUCCUGGCCAACUGGAUAGAAGGUGCUGAACGUGAGAAGAAGCUGGGCUUGGUUGAAGGCUGGCUUCACUUCCUACCGUAGAUGGUUCCAGAGGAAGAUGCAGAAGAGCAGCUGUCUAGCCAGUGUCUGACAAAAGUAGCAAAAAUGUUCCUACAGAGAGGCUUCACCUACCCCAAUAACAGAAUUCAUAAGCCUCAGAGAUAGCUGUAGAAAGGAACUUUCUAGAUGACAGUAUGGGAAAGAAACUUGUAGUAGUUCUCCAAAGAACAUUUUGCUUCCACAUUUAUUUUAGAUGGUAAUCAAUGUAUCCUGGUCUUGGGAUAUCCGUGAAGACCAUCUUUACUAUCUAAAUAAUUGUUCUGUGACAUCCUCUGCCAUCUCUUUCCAGUGAGCUGAAGGAGAACUCUUGACAGUCUGCUCUUAGAAAUUGCAGGUAGGUAGGAAUAUUUAAAACUGCAAGUAUGAGGAAUGAGGAAAAGUGUGUAUGUGUUACUGCAUACUACCUUCCUGCUGGGUUUUCUGCGUCCAAAAUGAAUUGUUGUGAAAAGUUUACAUCAGCAGUGUCUCAUUGCUGAAAGUGUCAAGCCCUUCUAAUCAGGUUGCAUGGUCGAAUUCUUGAGAAAGCUCCUUCUUGUGUCAGCACCCUUAGUGGCAGGGAAUGACCGCUUUAAUGCGCACUGACCAGCACGGAGAAGGUGUGCAAGCUGACAUGGGGGCAGAGAUGUCCUGCCCUCUCCUGAACUUGAGCAGGGUCAGGAUUAUAGACACACAGGACUGGGCCCACCCAGGGUCUGAACUGGAGGUCCAGGAGGUGUUUGAGACUUGGCAUUUCUAAGAGGUUCCCAGGUGAUGCUGGUGCUACUGGCCUGGGGCCACAGCCCUAAACUACCAGUGCCACAGGCAGCAGGCUAGAGCAGGUUAUCAGUACCAUUCCCUACACCUCUGCCUGGGGUAUUGGGUCCUGUGGUUCAUCACUCUGUGUGUCCAGUUAUGUCAGCUGUCAUUUUUUGAUAUUAAAUUUCUGCCACAGUGCAUUGGAAUAGCAGCAGACAAGAAGAUGUGGAGAAUUGGAGCUGCUUUGGAAAACAGUCUGGCAGUUCCUCCAAGAUUAAAAAAAGAGUCGCCAUGUAAUCCAGCAUUUCUGCUCUUAUCUGUGCCAAAGAAAAUUGAAAACAUUUCUACACAAAACUUGUUACAUGAAUACUCAGAGCUACAUUUCUCUCAGUAGACAAAGGAUGGGAAUGCCCUGGCUGGGGCGUGGAGAAAGGAGUGUCAUAUAGCCAUGUGGUGGGCUAUAGGACACAGAAACGGAGGAGUGCUGAUGCGUGUUGCAGUGCGAAUGAGCCUGGACAAUGAAGCUACAAAAGACCACCUGCUGCGUGAUUGCAUGUAUAUCAAAUGUACAGAGUGGGCAAAUUUCAUAGAACUGGAAAGUAGAUCAGUGGUUUCCAGAGACUGGCAAAGGAUCAGGGCAAUUGCUAAUGGGCACAGAGUUUUCUUUUUGGACUCAUGAAAAUGUUCUGAAAUUGUAUAGUGGUAAUAGUUGCACAAUGCUAUGAUUAUACUAAGUAAUACUGAGUUGUAACAAAAGGGGCAGAUUGUAUGGUGUGUGCAUUAUGUCUCAAUAAAGCUGGGGGAGACCCCACUUCUGCGGCAAGGCCCCGCGUCCCUUACUCCCUGCACUUGGCACAGGUAGUUACUGUGUGGAGCUGCUGUCGCUCUUGUUUGGGGUUUUCCUUAGGUCUUAGACUUUGCGUCGGAGCAAGAGUAUUUUGUUUUUAAAUAUUGACACGUGCUAAAAUGAAUGACAUGACGUGGGACAAGGACACUGCUAAGAUCAGAUCUGAGUUAUAAUGCUAACUUUUCCUAAUGCAUCAAACAAAAUGAGAGUUUGGGUGGGAGUUGUUUCCAACUUGCUCUAACUUCUGUCUGAUGCUUCCUAAUUCCAGGGCCAGACACAGCAGGGUCUUUGCCUUGUGCUCAGAUAAAUUCAGCACCAGUAAAACUGCAAACUCCUAGAGGAAGUAACAUCCUAAAACAGUGAUGUCAUUGCCAGGGCGCUUGCCUCUCAUUCAACACAAGUACAGUCAGGAAAAGAGUAAACGAGGGUUUACUUGCUUGCCUCUUACAAGCAAACAGACGAUGCAGUGUGCUUUCCUUUUCUUUGCCCUACUCCAAGUCUUUUGGGUCUUUUUAA